GAGAGGCCGGCCGGCCGACCCACGAGGCCGUGAGAAAAGUGGGCGAGCGGGCGAGGACGCGCGGCCUGGCUGCGGGAGCCGGCGGCGGCGGCGGCGAGGAGAAAGGAGGCGGCUCCCGGCAUCCCGCCCCCCUCCCCCUCCUCAGCGGAUUUCCCGCGGCCCGCGCUUGCUCCGAGGCGGCGGCGGCGGCGGCGGCCCCGGCCGGGCAGACGAGGGAGGAGCCGGCGGCCAGAUAAAAUUUUAUAUUUAAAUAAUCCAGAAAAGGAAGAGCAAGCAGAUCGAGAUGUGUAGCUCCGUGGCUGCCAAGCUGUGGUUUUUGACAGAUCGACGAAUCAGAGAAGACUAUCCGCAAAAAGAGAUCCUACGAGCUCUGAAGGCCAAAUGUUGUGAGGAAGAAUUGGACUUUAGGGCUGUAGUGAUGGACGAGGUGGUGCUAACAGUUGAGCAAGGAAAUCUGGGUCUACGGAUCAAUGGAGAGCUAAUCUCUGCCUACCCACAGGUGGUGGUAGUCAGAGUUCCAACCCCAUGGGUGCAGAGUGAUAGUGAUAUCACUGUUUUGCGCCACCUAGAGAAGAUGGGGUGCCGAUUGAUGAACCGACCUCAAGCUAUCUUGAACUGUGUUAAUAAAUUCUGGACAUUUCAAGAGUUAGCAGGCCAUGGUGUACCUCUGCCAGAUACUUUUUCUUAUGGUGGCCAUGAAAACUUUGCUAAAAUGAUUGAUGAAGCAGAAGUGCUGGAGUUCCCAAUGGUGGUGAAGAACACUCGGGGUCAUAGAGGCAAAGCUGUUUUCUUGGCACGAGAUAAACAUCAUUUAGCUGAUCUAAGCCAUCUUAUUCGGCAUGAAGCUCCAUAUCUGUUCCAGAAAUACAUUCAAGAGUCUCAUGGAAGGGAUGUGCGAGUCAUUGUUGUGGGAGGUCGCGUUGUUGGCACCAUGUUACGUUGUUCGACAGAUGGAAGGAUGCAAAGCAAUUGUUCACUAGGUGGUGUGGGGAUGAUGUGCUCCUUGAGUGAACAAGGGAAGCAGCUAGCUAUCCAGGUGUCUAAUAUCCUGGGGAUGGAUGUCUGUGGCAUUGACCUGUUGAUGAAAGAUGACGGCUCCUUCUGUGUCUGCGAGGCCAAUGCAAAUGUAGGUUUCAUCGCCUUUGAUAAGGCUUGUAAUCUAGAUGUAGCUGGUGUCAUAGCAGACUAUGCUGCCUCCCUUCUGCCCGCUGGCCGGCUCACCCGGCGCAUGUCCCUGCUCUCUGUGGUGUCCACGGCCAGUGAGACUAGUGAGCCGGAGCUCGGUCCCCCUGCCAGCACUGCUGUCGACAACAUGAGCGCAAGUUCCAGCUCUGUCGAUAGCGACCCUGAAAGUACCACCGAGCGAGAGCUGCUCACCAAGCUCCCAGGGGGGCUGUUCAACAUGAACCAGCUGCUAGCCAAUGAAAUCAAACUCCUGGUGGAGUGACUCCACCGGUAAAUAAUUAACCAACAAAACCCUUGUAAAACUGUCUCCCCUCCCCCACCCCCUCCCCCCUUAACCAACUUGCAAUGCUGUUCAUGGAGAAUGCUCAGGAGGUUGAGAGAAAGAUAUAGUAAGAUUGGUUAGAAGAAGGGAAAAUAGAUGAGACCUCUGAUAGUAACACUUAACCUGGUUCAUUUGCAGAGUCUACAGAAAGGAAGAAUAGGUGAUAUACAGAGAAAUGGCAGGCUCUCUUGCUAACCUUUUCAGUGACUAAAACCCUGCUCUUAGGCCAUGAGGAACCUGAAAGUUUCUUUUUCCAUGGUCUCUUGCUUUUGUUUUUAUGUAGAAUGGUUUUGAUUCAAGUACUUGGUAGCAUGACUUCACACAGUGUCAAGAUUUGUAAAGAGGAAACAUCUGCUUAAAAAUAGAAAUGUUUUAGUAGCAAUCUGAAAAUUCUGCCAUUUCUCUCAGCUAGCAUUUAAAUGCACAUAAUUGUUUAUGAACUCUUAAGGGGCUCUGACCGGGACUUCUUAUUUUCAUGUUCAUCCUUGUUUUUUUCCCCCUUAAUUUGGGUGGGAGGGUAAUGUGACUCUAAUCCAAUAAAGAUUUUUAAUAACAAAAUUGGCAUGUUUGCAUGAUGAAAGGGAAAUGAACAGUAUUGCAAUGUCUGGUAUACAAAGUAACAUUUACUCAAUGUAGAUAAAGUUGCACUAGUUAAAGUUUGUGCAUUGACUUGUAUUUGUUAGUGUUUUAGUCUUUUUUGAAGGAUAUAUGCUCUGUUAAUGUUGCAUUUUUAAUACAUGCUGGUAACAUCCCUUGCUCUAUGACUUCAUCUUUAACAAUGGCCAAAGUAAACAAAAUGCUACUUUUUUGGUUAACAAGACACCGACUCAACAUACACAUUUAAAAGUCUUCGUGCCCCCCUUUUCUCUUGAUGAGUUGAACAUUUAAAGGAUAAGUACAGGGACAUCAUUUUGGGGAGGCAAGUAAAGGUCAUUAGGUAUAAAGCUGAAAUGAUUUCUUAAUGCUAUUUUUUGUAUUUGCAUUUUUCACAUUUUAGGAGGGUUUAUAUAUUUGUUGCAUGCAAGUGUAUGUGUUUUAUUUUUUGUUUACACCAAACAAAGAAUAGAUUCUAGAGAAUGGCAUGAUGGGAAGCAGUUUUUUCCUUAAAACGAAAGAAAACAAUUGAAUUGCUUUAGACUCCAGUAGUGUAGAGAUACUCCCCUAAGGACAAUAGGAAAGUAGAUGUUUCUUAGGCAUUGUGUGUGUGUGUGUGUGUGUGUGUGUGUGUGUGUGUGUGUGUGUGUGUGUUUUGUUUGUUUUUAUUUGUAUACUGUUUGGCAUAUGACUUACUCAAGGCUACAUGCUUUUAUUUAAUGUUAUGACUGUGCAUUUUCUCUUUAUACACUUAAGAUUUGGAGGGAGGUGGACUGGAUGUUUUAAUGCGAUUUAUUUAACAUAAUUGAGUUUCAUAUAGCCCUAUCCUUAAGCCUUCAGUACUGACCACUCUAUAUUCCUUUUUUGAAUUAACGAAAGCCCCCAGUCUGCAUAUAGUAUGAGCCUUUAAGACAAGGAUAAAGCUAUUCCAGUGAUUGAGUCUGGAAGAUGUGUUAAGAUGGCGAUGCUACAGGGUUCAACAUACUUUUUAAACAGCAAGCUCCAUCUCCCUGCAAAUUCUCUGCAGCUUCCCCCAGCUUUUCUUACCUCUCCAGUGCUGCUUUCCUUCACAUGGACUGUAACACAAUUUCUUGGACACUACUUAGAGACUUGAAGGUGAUAAUGAAACAUCAGUAUUAUCCAGCUCCAACAGAGGUUUGAUCAUGAUUAACUGUACAGUUUUCCCCAUUUGAAAAAGGAAUGUAAUAAAACUUGGUUUCCCUCAUAGAAUUAAAUAAUAUUAAAAUGGAGUGAAAGGUUGAUUGUUGACAAAUAGAAUAGUACCUAUAAUCUGUGAACUCUCUCAUUUCAUCUCAGAAAAAGAUACAUAAGGAGUUCUAAUUUAUCUUUAGGAUAUUCUAAUUGCAUCUGCACGAUUUGAUUUGCACAGGGUCCUUGGGAGUCAUAAGUACCUCUGAUUCACUAACAGAAUAAAAGUACUUGGUACUUUGCUGAAUGAUCAUAUUUUGGAGGGUGCUUACUAUUUGGUAUAGAGAAAUAAAUGAACAGUCGUGUAAUCAGAUCCUAAAAUCAGAUCUGGUUGCCACAUACAUUAUGAUACACAUGUAAGUCCAUGCAUUUAAAAACAAAUAGAACAUCUUCAUUUGAAAAGUUCAUCUUGUUAUGGUGGGAUAAAGAAAGAGGAAACUUAGAGUUAUCCAUUCUAAACCAAGCACUCUGUAAGGAGUUUUCACUGGCAGUUCCACUCCCGGUUCAUGCAGCCACUGUGCAUCAGCCAGUGCGAAAUGUAGCCCUUCACCAGCCACCUUCUGGAUAUCACACUCACACAGUAGAUGAAAUUAACAGGGUUGCUCAUCUUGAAUUCUCUCAAUUAAGGUAAGAAUAAGAGCAUUAAGGUAAGAAGGAGAACUCAAAGGAAAUGAGUGAUAGUUGACUUAUUCUAAUUGUUUUCACAACUUUUGUAUAAUCUUCACCUGUGAGAAAAAAUGUAUUUAUCAAAUCUGUGUAAUCAUGCCAAAAUCUGUAUUACUGUAAAUUUUUUGUAUGCUGUUAAAAUUGUAAUUGUUAAUUGUAUUUUAAUAAUUCUCAUGUUUUUAUGUUAUCUGCAAUGAAAAUUGGACUCUAGAGAUGAUCUAUCUAUACAUAUGAACUAUGCCACUUAAAAUUUCUAAUAAGUAUUUUUUCUUUUGAUACUUAUAAUUGGUCAUUUCUGCUGGCUUUUCUCCAAUGAACUUUGAAAUCUUUCUUUAUGCUAUCAAUAAGAAACUACCCUGGAACAUUAGAAAAAAAUCCAACAAGAGACUUGCUUUCAUCAAGCACUCCUCAGACUUUAAGAAAAAGCACUGACGGCAAUGGAGACGGCCACUGACUGUCAAUCAUCUCCUUUUUCUCAAGAAGGAAAACAUGGAAAAGCAAGCCUCUUUUCAAUGAACCCCUAGCUUGGGGUUGGGGGUGUUAGAGACAUUGUGAAAUGAAACCUUGUGUUAUAUUUUUCUCCUGGUUCGCUGUUUUGAGAAGGUUUGUGGGCUAUUUGGCUGGUGAGACACGCUCCCUUCCUAAGAAAAUGUAGGUGCUCAGACAGGUAACCUCUGCCGCUGUUUGUUUGUCUGUUUGUUCGCUUUAUUCACAUUGGCUUCUGUUGUGCUAGGAUAUAAAACAUGUAAUACAUCGUAGGAUUUAUAACCAGGGUCACUGCUUUCUUUUGUUUCUUAAAAAAGUUUCACAUAAAAUACAGUCUAGGUCCCUUGGAUUUGGAAUGUUUAGUGAUGGACAGAAGUCUGCUGUUGGAAUCAUCUAGUAUUCCAGAUUAGAUUGGAAAUGUUUUCAUUUUGUUUUGGUUUGGGGGUUUGUGUGGUAUUUUAUUUCCUUUAUCCCAAUGCACUUUGCCAUGCCUCCUGGGAUGGCUGCCUAACUCUGGUGACAUUUUUUUCCAUGUUAACAAAAGUUUGGUUUUUAAAAAUUCCUUAAUGUUUUACAUUUUAAAAAUUGUUUUUGAAGAAAUAUUCUAAUUGCUUGCACUGUUACUGUUCUUUGCCAGCCUUUUCAGGAGCCAAAAUAUACAAAUACAAACAAACAAAAAAUACUCAGAGAAAACACUUUCCUUCUUCCCCCCUCCUGAUGAUGAGUGAGAAGUUUUGAGAGCUUUGGGGUCAGUGCCCUUCUAAACUUCCCCUCCCCCAAUAAUGCAGCUGUGCAGUGGGUGCUAAGUGCAGCGGCUCGGACCAGGCACAGCCCAGCCUGCUGGCAGCAGAGAGAUAAACGGGUAGGUGGCAGCAGAGAAAGGAACUCUUGAGAGUGGCUGUUGACGUUAAAACCUGCAUAGGAGAAGAAAGAGCAUGUGACAUACUGAGUGGAGCAAGGAAGGGCAGAGAUGAAAGCUGCAUUUAGGAUGGCUGCCUCCUUACUCUGAAUGGUUCUCUUGAAAUAACCAGUGCUAUUCUGGAUGAAGACAGAUUGGAGUUCACUGUUUAAAGUAGAAGAAUAACACAGAAUAAGAAGCCAGUAGUUCUACCCUGUUGGAUUCAGUGUGGUUUCUUUUUCUAAAAUAAAAGCACUGAAUGGAAAUGAAACACA